AUUUUUUUUCCUGAAAACUAAGUAUUUAUGUGGUUAGCCCUGGGAACUAGCCAUUGUGAAGACACAUUAAGCAGGUGGCCUUGGUACUACUUAGAUGCAUUCAUUUCUAUUUUCAAUAUUGCUGAUAAUACGGAAAUUCUGUUUUAUAUUGUAGGAAAAUCUGCAAGAAUCUAGUCCUGAUUCUGUAGAAAGCCGAAUUACUCUACUAGCUCCUGUAAACACAGUUCCUGUGUCUCUCUUUCAGUUUUCUCUUUUGUAAGCUGAUUACUUCCUUCAGCCAUCGGUCCAGUGAAAUGGUUUCCAGGCGCACGAUUCUCUUCUGAUUAAACGGCAGUGUCUAUAUUCUUAAAAUGUACCACUCACUAUACACAGAGAUGCCUAAUGUGUUCAUGGGACUUUUACUUCCCUUAAACUGGCACUAUACUUCUCUUCAUGCCAAUUUGUACUAGCUUUUUAACAUCCAAACCAUACCGUUGCUAAACUGAGUAUGCAUUAUUAGAAAAAAAAUCCUUCUGCGUCUUUCAUUGUGCUUUUAAGUGUGUUGUAUCACAUCCAAUAUUUCUUUGAUUGGUUGCUUAAACUUCAAAGCUGAAAUUUACAUUUAUCAUUGCUCUAUUUUUAUUAAUUUCAUUUGGGUAUAUUUUUCAGCAUAUGAAACUAUUUUUAUCACAGUCCUGUCAUACAGAAUAUUAAACUUCCUUCCUAGUUUAAGUCACCUGCAUAUUUAAUAGUUGAACCGAGCUGUUCACAAGUAUAUUAACAUGACAAGCCAAAUAAGAGAGAGCCCUUUGACAGUGGCAGUGAGGACCUUUUCUGAGGUGGCAAGCUGUGUCUGUCACAGGGCUUUGCAGACAAUUUUCAACCAUCCACCUUCUCAAAAUCUAAUCCAGUCCUCAUUUUCUUGUCUUUUGCUUGCAAAAGUCAAGAUGUGUUACAUUUAUAGGAUUCCCUUGAUUUAGCAAUUUCAGAUCCCUUUCAAAAUACGGGACUGAGGUUCAUUUGUUAUGGCAUAUACGAUGCAGUAAUGUUUUGUAUGUACCUUUUAUAAAUUCAUCCAUACUUUCUAAUAAUGAAUAUUCUCUUGAGGUAAAGAGGAAGAAUUCUGAUAUAUAAGAAAAAUAAUUCUCUCUAAAGAGAUUUAAUAAAAAGGAUCAUGUUCAUUCUACUUUUUACUUAAUAUGCUUUUACAAAGUACCUAUUGUACAUCAGAGUGGACACCACAAAAUUGAAUAAAAUGUGGUUUCUGCCCUCAGAAAGCAUUCCGUACAAUAGGGCAACAAUACGUGUAUACAGCCCUGCAGAAUCUAGUAACGGAUUGUGAAGAUGUAGAAAGUGAUUCAUGAAUUUAGGACAGGAAUACACUGAUUGUGGUGAACAUAGGGGAAAGAUCAAGGAAGAUUGCCUGUAGAAGUCCAGAUGGAACUUGAGAAGAUGGAGAAGCUUUUGACAGAGAACAAGGAGUGCUACUAGGAAGAGUUAAUAACUGGGCAGAGCACCAGGAUCAGGAAGCUCAGGACAUGUUUGGGGUGUGUGGCAAGUCAUGGAAUUUGAUUGCAGUGUUGGAUGCCUGAAUGGGAAGAUGAGCGAAAGAGUGAGAUUGAGGUACUUGAAUGUCAUGGUAAAACUGGACUUUACUGAACAUUAGGAACUCUGAAGGGUUUUGAGCUAAAGGAUCAUUGUAAGCAAGCUGAAUUAUAAGACAUUCAUUUAUUCAAUCAGCGUAUAUUUUGAGUGUCUAAUAUUUGCCUUCCCACUGCUGGAGAUGAAAUGAGUAAAAGUAGACAUGGUCCGGUGCCCUCAGGGAAUUUAGAAGUAGAAAGAUAUUAAUUAAAUAAUCACAGCAGUAUCAGAUUGUGACUGCCACAGGUAUGGAAUAUCACAUGGUUCUGUGAGAGUCUGUAAGAGGGAGGCUUCCCUCCUAAAAGCGGUCAGGGAAGGGUUCCCUGAAGAAAUAAAUUCUCACGUGAGGGCCACAGGAUGAGUGGAGUCAGUAACUAGGGGCAGAGGAGAGGGGAAAAGCUCUGCGGGCAAAUGUAGCAGCUUCUGCAGAGCUCCUGAGGCCAGGAUGGGCAGUGCAAGGGCCUGCGCAGGAGGAGUGGCGGAAGGAAUGAAAAUGAACAGGAGGCACAAAGUCCCUGCUGUCGAGAGAUUCCCAUUUAAAGUGGGCCCGUGAGAGAACCAGCAGUUGGUGUGAAGUCCCUCGGAAUACUUGGCUGAUCUCCACUCUACCUCUCAUAACACCAAAAGUUGUUAAAUUUUCUUCUUCAAACUUCUCUUACAACUUUCUAAUAAUUUUCUUCCUUAUUUUUACCUAGCAUUAGGAAACACAAGGUAAAAACUUGUAGUAAUGAUCCUUGAGCUCUGUUGGCGUCGGCUGCUGUAUUAUAAGUAAAGGUAACUCACCCGUCAGGCAUUUUAAGAGGAAACCAUGCUAACAUUACUCUCUUGAUAUAUAGGGUUGGAUGUGUCCAGAACCGGCAUCAGAAAGGGAGGACUUGGUCUAUUUUGAACAUAAGUCAUUUUCUAACUUGUGCAAGGAGCACGAUGGAGAAUUUACUGACGCAGAAGAAAGCAGUGCACAUGCACUAGAGCGGAAGAGCGACAACCCCCUAGAUAUAGCUGUAAGCAGGCUGUCUGAGUUGGAGCGAAACAUUGAAAGGAGGUAUCUGAAGAGCCCCUUAAGUACCACCAUUCAGAUCAAACUGGAUAAUGUGGGCACAGUUACUGGCCCUGCUCCUGCACCAUCCACUAGUGGUGAUGAUGACGGAAUUGAAGAGGAUAUUGUUCCCGGUCUCAGGGUGUGGCGAUGGGCAUUAUCAGAAGCUCGCAGUGCUGCCCAGGUGGCUCUGUGCAUUCAGCAGUUACAGAAAUCCAUAGCAUGGGAAAAAUCCAUUAUGAAAGCUGCAAGUUCACUGAAAAGGGGCCGCAAAAACAGAAAAAGGAAAAUAGAGGAAAACACCUGCGGUACUGGAGUAAAACAAGAACGCUGUACUCGUGGAAAGAAACUGAAACAGGACAACUCUGACCCGACUCUUGGCAGCCUUACUAAAAUGCAAACUCGUCUCAAUAAAGACAUGAAAAAAAGAAAAAUAGAAGAAAACACCUUCACUAACUUACCAAACCAGGAAAGCUUUCAUUCUGUAAAGAAAAGGAAGCAAGACCACUCUGACCUGACUCUUUCCAGUCAUGAAGAUGCACGGCCUUUUGUAGAACUGCCGGAGUGCAGCACACGGAGUCGUCUGCGUUUCCGCCUCAGGGAUGGAAGACACGUUUUUAUUAAAAGUGCGUAAGCAGCUUUAUAAUAACAUGUCUGGUAUCUGCGGGUCUCAUCAACAAGAAAU